AUCCACCGCGAACAGCUACGACAGACAAGACCGCGGUUUGCUACAGCAGCAACAACUAGACUCGGUCGAUAAUUUGACUGAAUACUCAGACUAAAAGUAGUCAGAUUAUCUACGGCACAUCCAGCAAGGACGACGAACGCACAAAGUCACGGCACACUCAAGACACGUCCGCACACAAACUCACACAAUGGCCAAGGUAGUAAUCCGAAGACCGGCACUUGUGCUCGCGCUCGUGCUCGCGUCCAUAAUCGUUUUCGCACUCACAAUCUCGCCUGCUGCCGCACCGGGCUCAUCGGCGGCUUCGUUUUCGUCAUCAGGAAUAACGGAAGAGGCGCACCCGCGUCGGCCAGUGAUCCAGAAGGCGUCGUCGUCGCUCUCGCGCGGAUCUGGCGUUUCGUACACGAUCGCGGACGCGAGCGACUACGACCCGCUUAAAGGACCGGUGCCGGUUGCGUCGCAGAAGCUAUCGCAGGGCGGGCCUAUUAUGCCGCACCUGGGGAACGAGACGAUCAAGGCCGAGCUGGGGCGCGCGUCGUGGAAGCUGCUGCAUACGAUUCUGGCGCGGUAUCCGGAGAAGCCUACGAGCGAAGAGCGGGAGGCUUUAUCAGCUUACAUUUAUCUUUUCUCGCGCGUGUAUCCGUGCGGAGAGUGCGCUGCGCAUUUCCAGAAGCUGCUGAAGCAGUUCCCGCCACAGACAUCGAGUCGCGUGGCGGCGAGUCAGUGGGGAUGUCAUGUGCAUAACCAGGUGAAUGCGAGAUUGGGGAAGGAUAUUUUCGACUGUAAUGAUAUUGCAGAGAAGUACAAGUGCGGUUGCGAGGACGGCGAAGAGCCAGCGGCUGACGAAGAGAAAGAUGCGGAGAAGGAGAAGAGGAACUUACGGAUAGCUGAGAAGGAUCUUACGGCAGAGUUCUUGCAGGUUGAGGAGAGGCUGAGGGAGUGAUCUUUACAGGGCACACUUGGUUUACUAAAUGAACGAAUAGGUAAUAAUAAACAAAACAUUCGAUAUGGA